AUGGUCCGCUCGCAGAGUCAGCAGACUCCGGUCUCCCACCGACCCUCGCUGGCCUCCCCCAUGACGGGACAUCGACACUCCUAUGGACCCCAGCGCAUCAAUCGUCACCUUGACCAUGUCAACGAGUAUUCCCCGUCCGAAUAUGCAAAACAAUACUUGGAUGACUACCAGGCCCAAGGCGGUGUCUCCGCACUUUCGAUGGCGCUUUCUACGGAUGCCACGGCGACUGGAGUUCAGCCCUCGAAUCCAUCUUUCGUCCCGCAAUAUCACGGACAAUCGGAUAUGGUCAACCUGACUGGGCUCGGGAAGCCAUCUUUGGUUAACCAACCAACCCAACCGGUGUCGGCCGCAGUCGAGAUGAGUAGAACCCCAACUACCGACUCACUGUGCGGAGGUAUGGGAAUGAUGAGAUUUGAUUCGUCGGGACCACAUCUUAAUCCAAACUGCUCGUUUCCUUUUGCAUCCUCAGACUUCAUUCCCUCCACAUCCCCUAUGAACGUUCCAUUUACCAACCCCUUCACAUCCGCGCAACGCGACAUGGAUCAUGUCUCGUUCCCUUUGAUUGAUUCUACUGCCACGCCCUUCUCUUGCUCUGCCCCCCCUGCUACAUCCUUUGCGCCGCCUGUAUCCACUCUUUCUUCGUCCCCAGCAACGGAGAUGAAACAUUCCAUGUCCUCCGACAGCAGCAGCUCGUCUCUGUCUCAGCCCUCAAGGGCGGCUCGGAGGACUCAGGAACAGAUUGUCCAGGGCACCAGACCCAUUGCCCCGAAAGUGGGAUCGCAGAGCAUGUCUCCGCCUAAGGCGACCGAGCAGACCAAGAUGAUACGUAUAUCAUCCUCUGAUGGUACUUCCAAAGAGGUCGCAGCCAUUCCCAAGGCCUCGAUCCAGCGGCCCCCGCGCCAAAAGACGUAUUGCACUAUGUGCAACGACCAGCCCGAUGGCUUCCACGGGGAGCACGAGCUGCGACGUCACAUUGAGCGGGUCCACGCUGUGGUUCGUAAGGUUUGGGUCUGUGUUGAUAUCUCUCCUGGAAAGACUUUCUUGGCCAACUGCAAAGCUUGCCGAAAUGGAAAGCGAUAUGGUGCUAACUACAACGCCGCCGCUCACUUGCGUCGGACUCACUUCAACCCCUGCCAGCGUGGCCGGGGCGGACGUGGGAAGGAUAGUGAGAAGCGCGGUGGAAAGGGCGGUGGUAAUCAUCCACCUAUGGAAGUCCUUAAGCACUGGAUGGUACAGAAGGAGGAAGUAGUUCUCGAGAACGCUCAAAACUAUAUUGACCAGGAAGCACUAGGUGACGAUCUAGUUGCGGCACCACCCCCUAUUCCCACAGAGGAUAUGAUCAAUGGGUUGCCCACAAUCUCCCCAGAAGACUUUCCGGUCCCAGGGCUGGAGUCAACGUUGACGAAUGGGUAUGAUACAUUGUCUACCUUUCCUGUGAUGGGCCUGGAACCAUCACUUGAUGCCUCAUGUUAUCUCGAUGCUCAGCCUUUAGUUCCUGAGAUCGACUCGUAUGUGUGA